AUGUAUCAACCGAACAUUUUCGACAGUCACCACCAUCACCUUCUCGACAUUACUCACAAUAAGACUUCGGAAAACGAGAUGGACCUCAUCCGAGACGAUGAAUACGAAAGCAAAUCGGGCACGGACAUUAUGGAAGCGCCAUCUGGCGACGAUCAAGAUCCCAAUCAACGGCCCAAGAAAAAGAGAUACCAUCGCCACACGCAGAAUCAAAUCCAAGAAAUGGAGUCGUUUUUCAACGAGUGCCCUCACCCGGAUGACAAGCAAAGGAAGGAGCUCGGGCGUCGGCUGGGGUUAGAACCUUUGCAAGUCAAGUUUUGGUUUCAAAACAAACGUACCCAGAUGAAGGCUCAACACGAACGCCAUGAAAACACCCAACUGAGAAACGAAAACGAGAAGCUCCGGGCUGAAAAUAUCCGCUAUAAAGAAGCUUUAAGCAAUGCUACUUGUCCCAACUGUGGAGGCCCAGCUGCCAUAGGUGAGAUGUCAUUUGACGAGCAACACCUCCGAAUCGAAAAUGCUCGAUUAAGAGAAGAGAUGAGUGGUGAGUUCCAAGUCCCAUCUCCUCUGGUCCCGACUCGCGAAAACUACUUCGUACGGUACUGCAAACAUCACUCGGACGGUACUUGGGCAGUUGUCGAUGUCUCAUUGGACAACCUAAGACCAACCUCGAUCGCCAGGUGUCGCCGUCGGCCAUCCGGUUGUCUCAUCCAAGAGCUUCCGAAUGGCUACUCAAAGGUAACAUGGGUCGAGCAUGUCGAAAUAGACGAUCGGGCCGUGCACACCAUUUACAAGGCACUCGUCAAUUCGGGCCUUGCCUUCGGGGCCCGCCGUUGGGUUGCCACCCUCGAUCGACAAUGCGAACGUCUAGCGAGCCUAAUGGCUAACAACAUUGCAGCAGGGGAUAUAGGCGUCAUAUCGUCCCCCGAGGGCAGGAAGAGCAUGCUGAAGCUAGCCGAGAGAAUGGUAAUGAGCUUUUGCACGGGAGUCGGGGCCUCGACUGCCCACACGUGGACAACGCUCUCGGGAAGUGGGGCAGACGAUGUUCGUGUCAUGACUAGAAAAAGCAUGGAUGAUCCAGGCCGGCCGCCCGGGAUUGUACUAAGUGCCGCAACUUCGUUCUGGCUGCCCGUCCCACCUAAGAGAGUGUUCGACUUUCUGAGGGACGAGAAUUCGAGAAGUGAGUGGGACAUUCUUUCGAACGGCGGACUCGUUCAAGAAAUGGCCCACAUUGCCAACGGCCGUGAUCCGGGGAACUCUGUCUCUUUACUCCGUGUCAACAGUCAGAAUUCGAGCCAGAGCAAUAUGCUGAUACUUCAAGAGAGCAGCACGGACUCAACAGGCUCGUACGUCAUAUACGCUCCCGUUGAUAUUGUGGCAAUGAACGUUGUCUUGAGUGGUGGCGACCCGGAUUAUGUGGCCCUUUUGCCAUCCGGGUUUGCUAUACUUCCUGAUGGGCCCAAUAGCCCGACAGGCCCAAACCCAGAGGUUGGGUCGGGCGGGUCUUUGUUGACUGUGGCAUUCCAAAUAUUGGUCGACUCUGUUCCCACGGCCAAACUCUCUUUGGGUUCGGUGGCGACUGUCAAUAGCCUAAUCAAGUGCACUGUCGAGCGGAUCAAAGGUGCCGUCUUGUGUGACGGUUCUUGACCUAAAAAAAUAUUAUAUAUUUAUCAUCAUGGGGCCGAAAGAAGGUUGAAUCGGGAAAUGUAAAGAAGGAUUUGUUUACGAUAGGAUGGUCGAAAGAAACGGGAGAAGUAGUCAAGAACGCACCUUGCGCGCGCCCUUUUCCUUUGCGAUGUUCAUCUGUGGUUAGAAUAAGAGAAAUCUUAUAACUUCCAUAGACAUUCAACACAAAGGCGAAGGGUUAGUAAUAGGUUCGGGUAUUGACUCUUGCCUAUAUUAUUGUGAGGAACAAGUAAACAAAAGACCUUAUUUUGUUUGUUGAUGAAUUGUAAUAUGGGAUAAGCCUAUAUGUAUGUUUUUGUUUGUUUUUGCACCAGAGUUUAACGUCUUAGCAUUGUUGGUUAAGCACUGAUUUGCUACUUUUGUUAUUUUUGGAAGACGGUAGUUUUUGAAGUGAUUUAUAGAUUGUGGAUCCUCUUGCUUCU